GUGAUGGCUGAGGCGGCCGGCGGCCCCGCCGCGGCUCCCCGGCCCGGGAGGGUGGAGCUGGGCUUCGCGGAGCCGGCGCCGGCCUGGAGGCUCCGCAGCGAGCAGUUCCCCAGCAAGGUGGGGGGCCGGCCGGCGUGGCUGGGCGCGGCCGGGCUGCCGGGGCCCGGAGCUCUGUCCUGCCCGCGGUGCGGCCGGCCGCUCGCCUUCCUGCUGCAGGUGUACGCGCCGCUGCCGGGCCGGCCCGACGCCUUCCACCGCGGCCUCUUCCUGUUCUGCUGCCGCGAGCCGCCGUGCUGCUCGGGUCUUCGAGUUUUCAGGAACCAGUUACCCAGGAAAAAUGAAUUUUAUUCAUAUGAGCCACCUUCUGAGAACCCUCCUAAAGAAGGCGAAUCUUUGCAUCUCCAACUUAAGUCUGGAGCUCAUCUCUGCAGGGUUUGUGGCUGUUUAGGUCCUAAAACAUGUUCAAGAUGCCACCAGGCACAUUACUGCAGUAAGGAGCAUCAGAUGCUAGACUGGAGAUUGGGACAUAAGCAGGCUUGUGCACAGCUAGUUUCAGAUAAUUUGGACCAUACAGUUCCCGACCAUAACUUCCUUUUUCCAGAAUUUGAAAUUGUAAUAGAAACAGAAGAUGAGAUUAUGCCUGAAGUUGUGGAUAAAGAAGAUGACUCUGAGAUUACAGGAAGUAUGGGUGAAGCACUUGAGGAAGAACUAGAUUCUAUGGCAAAGCAUGAAUCUAGGGAAGAUCAAGUUUUCCAGAACUUUAAAACGCAGAUAGCCCUUGAACCAGAGCAGAUUCUCCGUUAUGGCAGAGGUGUUGAGCCAAUGUGGAUUUCUGGUGAAAACAUACCUCAAGAAAAGGAUAUUCCACAUUGUCCCUGUGGUGCCAAGAGAAUAUUUGAAUUCCAGGUCAUGCCACAGCUGCUGAACCACCUAAAGGCAGACAGACUGGGCAAGAGCGUUGACUGGGGUGUCCUGGCUGUCUACACCUGUACUGAGAACUGUAACUUGGGCCCUGGCUACACGGAGGAAUUUGUGUGGAAGCAGGAUAUAACAGACACACCCUGACAACAAGCCUUAUGUCUUAACACCCCCAUCUCAAGGACUUUUAGCUCAUGUUCCAGAGAUGGAGGCACAAAAACACUGCUUGAGGCAUUAUUUAUGUCUUUUUACGUUAAUACAACAAAACUAAGUUUCCAUGUCCACAGUGGAAGGAGAUUGUUCUAAUGGACACCAAAUAAUGUCUAAAUGAACAUCAGGAUAGCAUUAUAGUAUUGAUGGUAUGGUGUGUUUCUUUUUUGGAAAUAAAUAUGUAUGUGUAUAAA